CGGAGCCGGGGGCGGCCAUGGGGAACAUCUCCUCCAACAUCUCCGCCUUUCAGUCCCUGCACAUCGUCAUGCUGGGCCUGGACUCGGCCGGGAAGACCACGGUGCUCUACCGGCUGAAGUUCAACGAGUUCGUCAACACGGUGCCCACCAUCGGCUUCAACACGGAGAAGAUCCGUCUGAGCAACGGCACGGCCAAGGGCAUCAGCUGCCACUUCUGGGACGUGGGCGGCCAGGAGAAGCUGCGCCCGCUCUGGAAGUCCUACAGCCGCUGCACCGACGGCAUCAUCUACGUGGUGGACUCGGUGGACGUGGACCGGCUGGAGGAAGCCAAGACGGAGCUGCACAAGGUAACCAAGUUCGCCGAGAACCAGGGCACGCCGCUUCUGGUCAUUGCCAACAAGCAGGACCUGCCCAAGUCGCUGCCCGUAGCCGAGAUCGAGAAGCAGCUGGCGCUGCACGAGCUGACCCCUUCCACCACCUACCACAUCCAGCCGGCCUGCGCCAUCAUCGGCGAGGGGCUGACCGAGGGCAUGGACAAGCUCUACGAGAUGAUCCUCAAGCGGAGGAAGUCCCUCAAGCAGAAGAAGAAGCGGUAGAAGCCUGCAGAUGUGCGGACGGCUGGGAGAGCAAACAAAGGAACGGAGGAGGAGAGAGAACCAAAGCGAUCCUUUUUUUGUUGGUUGAUUGUUUUUUUGUUGUUUUUUUUCUUCCCCUUUUUAUUCCAGUGUGUAUGUGUGUUUGUUUUUUUAUUUUAUUAUUUUUUUUGUCCCUUUCCGAUUGAAACGACUACAAUAGCAGUGAUAACAAUGCCACUCCUGCAAGCCAAGCCCAGAUCCUGACUGCAGGAUCUCCUCCUCCUGCUCUCCCCUUUGCUCGCCGCCCUAUCCCCGGCCAUAGGGCAGUCUGGAGCAGGGGUAGGGCACUGCUCCCAAACCCCUGAGCCCCAUGGCCAGGCUGGAGAUGCUCUGAGUGGGGCAAGAUGCCGCGGGCGGCCGAGAGCCCACGGAGCUGGGGCAGCCCCCCAGCUCUCCUCCAUCCCUGGGGGUCUGACUGCUGCUGGGGGGCACCUAGGGGUGAACAGGGCAGGACCCUGUGUAAGUGCAUUUGAGAGAGGCCAAAGGUGAGGCUACAGCUGUGCAAGGUCAGCCGGCGGAGGCUUGGAGCAGCACAGCGUGGGGGAGACGACCGAGAAAUGAAACGUGACCACUGGGACAGAACCCCAGCAUGGGGACAGAACCCUGCAAAGGGGAUGAAACCCUCUGAAAGGGGCAGAAUGUGGCCAAAAGGACAGAAAGAAGGACAGAACCUGGCCAAAGGGACAGAACCUGGCCAAGAGGACAAAUACCCCUCCAAAAGGACAACCCAAACCCUCUGCAGGCUGGUGUUUUAGGAAGCAGAUGAAGAGGACAGACAGCUUUCAUGCAAUGCCGCAGCAGCUGGAAGUGCAUAUCAGCUGGUGACUGGUGUUGAGCUUUAAGCUGUUUGCUUAAAAAAA